CUUCCCGCGCGGUCCUCCCGGGCCUAUCUUCCCCCAGCCUAAGCGGCAGGCCCGAGUGAGAAGUUCCGGAGCCCGGGGGCGGGCGUGGUUUCGGUGUCGACGCUUCGGGCCAGCUCGCCCCAGCCGGUUCCGCACGGCCGCGGGAGCUUCAGCUGCCCUCGCGUGUGCAGGUUCUCAGUUCCACACAUUAAGAAUUUCGAGAAAAUCAGAUGGCAUCCGGGGAUUUCUGCUUACCCGAAGAAGGGAUGGAAAUACUCCAACAAGUGUGCAGCAAACAGCUUCCUCCUUGUAACCUGAGUGAAGAGGACCUGUUACGGAACCCACACUUCGGCAAACUGCUGCUGGGUCUGUCACAGCACAUGGAUGAGAGUGGCUUAAGCCUCACCCUGGCAAAGGAGCAGGCGCAGGCAUGGAAGGAAGUUCGACUCCAUAAGACAAUAUGGCUGAGGUCUGAGAUUUUACAGAGAGUCAUUCAAGAGCUGCUUGUGGACUACUAUGUGAAGACACAAGACACAAAUUUAACUUUGGACGACAAAAAGUUUCACGAGACCCUUGAACAGCGGCUACUCGUGACUGAACUGACACGACUCUUGGGUCCCAGCCGGGAGAGGGAAAUGCCUCCACUGCUGGGGCUGGAGAAGGCAGACCUUCUGGAGCUCAUGCCCCCCUCAGAGGAUUUUGUAUGGAUGAGAGCUCGGCUCCCACUGGAAGUGGAGGAGCAGCUCAAAAGGAAAUGUUUCACCCUACUCUGCUACCAUGACCCCAAUUCAGAUUCAGACGGUGAAACCUUGAAGGCAGCAAAGGUGUGGAAACUGGCAGAGGUCCUAGUGGGUGAGAAGCAGCAAUGCCAGGAUGCCAAGAGUCAGCAGAAGGAGCAGAUGGUGCUGCUUGAGAAGAAGAGUGCCACCUAUUCCCAGGUGCUUCUGCGCUGCCUUGCCUUGCUGCAGAGGCUCCUUCAGGAGCACCGGCUGAAGACUCAGUCUGAGCUGGACCGCAUCAAUGCCCAGUACCUAGAGAUCAAGUGCAGUGCCAUGAUCCUUAAGCUGAGGAUGGAGGAGCUAAAGAUCUUGUCCGACACUUACACUGCUGAAAAAGUGGAAGUUCAUCGUCUCAUUAGGGACCGUUUGGAAGGGGCCAUUCGCCUACAAGAGCAGGACAUGGAAAAGUCCCGACAGGUCCUGAGCACCUAUGAGGUCCUUGGGGAGGAGUUUGACAGGCUGGUAAAAGAGUACACUUGCCUUAAGCAGGCAACUGAGAACAAGCGCUGGGCCCUCCGGGAGUUUAACAAGGCCUGCCGCUGACCGCCACCUCGCAGGGGUCCGGAGGUGGACUUCCACACAGGUGCGGCCUCCCCCUCCUCCUGCUGAAAGGACCACCUCCACCUCAGGCCCACUUUCACUCUGGGAGUGUGGGGAUGCUUGCUUGAAACACUGCAGUGGGCUAGGCACCAUCCUGGUUUUUCUUCCUUGUUUACAGUGACUGAGUCUCUUCUGGGAAAUGGAGCAGAUUUAUAUAAUUCUGUGUGCAACUAUUUGUCAGUGUCAGCCCUGUGUUAUAUUUGAUUAUCUCCUGAAUAAAGUGAUGAUGCUUCCUUCAGGCACAGAUGAAAAAAGAA